UGUACGUUUUAGACCAAACGCAAAAACAAAAUUAAUCCUAAGUUUUGCUUAUAAAAUUAAUUCUCUCCAUUUUCUUCCACCUUGUUUAAACAGCGUAUGAAUAAUGAAUGCCCAUUGUUCUUCAUUCUUCUCAUAUCGCCAGUGAGAUCUAUUUUUAACUGCUAAUUCAUCUUGUUCUAAGACAUCCCAACUCUUUCGUUUCUUUCGUUUUAAUUCUUAAAAAAAAAAAAUGGGUGUUAAAGGAUUUGUUGAAGGCGGCAUCGCUUCCAUUGUCGCCGGAUGUUCCACUCAUCCACUUGAUCUCCUCAAAGUCCGCAUGCAGCUUCAGGGUGAAGCCCACGCUCCGAUGCAGCCGGUUCAAUCUCUCCGCCCGGCUUUGGCUUUCCACACAACUACCUCCGCCGGCCACAUCCAAUCACCUCCACGUGUGGGACUCCUCACCCUCGGCAUCCGUCUUGUCCAGAAAGAAGGAGUUGCAGCGCUUUUCUCAGGCGUCUCAGCUACUAUUCUCCGCCAGACUUUAUACUCCACCACUCGAAUGGGCCUUUACGAUAUCCUUAAGCAAAAGUGGGCCGACCCGGAAACCCGAAACAUGCCUCUAGCGAGUAAAAUCCUCGCCGGUUUAAUAGCCGGAGGAAUUGGAGCUGUUGUUGGGAACCCUGCUGACGUGGCAAUGGUUCGUAUGCAAGCCGACGGAAGACUCCCUCCGACUCAGCGUCGGAACUACAAGAGCGUGGUGGACGCAAUCACGAGAAUGGCGAAACAGGAAGGCGUGACGAGCCUGUGGCGUGGCUCAUCCCUUACGGUGAACCGCGCCAUGUUGGUAACGGCAUCGCAGCUGGCGUCGUACGAUCAGAUAAAGGAAAUGAUUUUAGCAAAAGAAGUGAUGCGUGAAGGGCUGGGGACGCACGUGACAGCGAGUUUCGCAGCUGGGUUCAUUGCGGCGGUUGUCUCGAACCCGGUGGACGUGAUAAAGACAAGGGUGAUGAACAUGAAGGUGGAGGCGGGGAAGGCCCCGCCUUAUCAGGGAGCGGUAGAUUGUGCGGUGAAGACGGUGAAGGCGGAGGGGCCAAUGGCUCUGUAUAAAGGGUUUAUUCCGACGAUAUCGAGACAAGGGCCGUUUACCAUCGUCCUGUUUGUUUCACUUGAGCAAGUGAGAAAGCUGCUCAAGGAUUUGUAAAGAUGACGACGAUGAUGAUGAUGAUUAGAAAAUAGUUAUUAAUUAAUUAAAUUAGAAAAUGGUUAUUAAUUAAUUA